CUUGAACUGCGAGAAGCGAAUCUUCGAAGUCGUCAAUUCUUCUGAUCAUCCGUUCCUUGUGAAUAUGUUUGCCUGUUUUCAGACACCUCAUCAUGCUUGUUUUGUGAUGGAAUAUACCCCAGGUGGUGAUCUUAUGAUGCGCAUACAUGAAGAUAUCUUUCCAGAGCACAUGGCUCGGUUUUAUACGGCCUGCGUAGUCUUGGGACUCCAGUUCUUGCAUGGGAAGAAAAUUGUUUAUAGGGAUUUGAAAUUAGAUAAUCUACUCCUGGAUGCUGAUGGCUUUGUGAAAAUUGCAGAUUUUGGACUGUGUAAGGAAGGAAUGGGUUUUGGAGACCAUACAAACACCUUCUGUGGCACUCCGGAAUUCUUGGCUCCAGAAGUCCUGACAGACGUCUCGUACACCCGUGCAGUAGACUGGUGGGGAUUGGGUGUACUCAUUUAUGAGAUGCUUGUUGGUGAGUCACCAUUCCCUGGAGAUGAUGAGGAAGAAGUCUUUGACAGUAUUGUCAAUGAUGAAGUCCGGUACCCGCGUUUCCUUUCGUCUGAGGCACUUUCUAUAAUCCGCAAG